CCGAAGGCCUUACCUUAUGACAAUUGACAAUCAUCUGGUGUUUAAGAAGGUAGGUGCCCCCCAGUAAAAUCAUGACAACAACUAGGCCCAAAAGCCCCCGACCAAUUGUGGAGCCCAAGCCCAAAGACGAAACUAUCUGGGACAAGUUGGGGACAUUGGGGCGCAAGAAACGGAUCAAGGAAGUGCAAGAGGUGCAGACUGAGGGCAAAUAUGCCAUUGACUCCCCAGGCUACGCCACAGCGCCCGUUAUACCCCCCGAGGAGUACAAGCUAGAGGAAAAUGAGGAAAUGUCCCUGAUUGAUCAAAAUGCCUACACGGACUCCAAGUUUCUGGAGUUACAGGACGUGCUAAUAGAGUGGAUCAAUGACGAGCUGGCCUCGCAGAGAAUCAUCGUGCAGGACCUGAAAGAAGACUUAUAUGAUGGGCAGGUUUUGCAGAAGCUCCUCGAAAAGCUCACAGGAGACAAGCUGGAUGUUCCGGAAGUGACCCAGAACGAAGAGGGCCAAAAGCAAAAGCUUGCGGUGGUUUUGGCGCAUUUUAACAAGGUGCUGGGUCUGCAACGGCUCGGGCACAGCAAGUGGAGCAUGGAAACCAUCCACUCGAAGAAUAUCGUCGCGAUUAUUCACCUGCUAGUGGCCCUGGCAAGGCAUUUCAGGCCGCCAGUACGCCUAACAGAGAACGUCUCGGUAAGCGUGGUGGUGGUGAAGAUGAAACAAGGCCAACUGAUCCCUGAACGCAUUAACGAAAACCUCACCACUGAGUACGACGAUGUGGGGAUGCGAUGCGAACGCGAUGCCUUUGAUGCCCUCUUCGACCAUGCCCCCGAAAAGCUGCAAAUUGUGAAAAAGUCACUGGUAACCUUCGUAAACAAGCACCUGAACAAGAUGAACUUCGAGGUGACUGAACUAGAAUCCCAGUUUCACGAUGGGGUCUACUUGGUCAUCCUAAUGGGACUAUUGGAAGGCUUCUUCGUUCCGCACUACGCCUUCCAUCUGACUCCGCAGGAAGUCGACCAAAAAGUUCACAACGUCAGCUUCGCCUUUGAACUGAUGGAGGAAUGCGGGCUGAAAAAGCCCAAAGCUCGACCAGAAGAUAUAGUAAACAUGGAUCUGAAAUCUACACUGCGAGUGCUGUACAAUCUGUUUUUGAAGUACAAAACCAUUAUUUAAGCUUGUUUUGAUUAAAUUAUUAACCUGACUAGUGCUGUGGCAUCAGCCCGCGCUUUUCCUAAAACCACUGAAACGUUGUAUUUUUAUAGUCUAUUUAUAUUAACCCUAGUGCUGUAUUAAAACAUGUAUUUUCAAUCGCCAAUUAAACUAAUUAAGUAAA